UCAACAAUAACACCCUCUUCCAUAUCCCUUCUUUGGGAGUUCGCACUUUGAACAAAGAGAGAAUCUCUCUGCGCCACACAAAAUGAAAGACACACCAACACUCAUAGACCCAGAACCCCAUACCAUAUAGCUCCUAUACACUUACUUCACAAAUCACCCCUUUUUUUAUUUAUUUAUUAUUCUCAAAUCAAUUAUUAUUCAUCAUCAUCAUCAUCAAUUCACUUAUCUCUCUCUCUCUCUCUCUCUUUCUAUCUAAUCUUUUGCUUCUUCUUGCAAUAACAUACAUCACUUGCUCUCUCUUGCUUACUACUACUACACUACUACAUGCUCUUUUAUUCUCUCCAUGUCAUUGAAUAAUCCCAUCGUUUCUUCUUCUUCAUCAUCAUCAUCAUCAUCUACUUGUUGUUGCUGCUGCUAGCUAGCUACUACUUCUGAAAAGAAAAGCUUUCAUUUUUUUAUCUUUUAUCUUUUUGUUACUUUUGAAUUUUGUUUUCUAUUUUUACCCUUUUAUGGCUGAGGAGGGUUUUGAGGGUUACCAUGUCCCACAACAAAGCAGAAGAGAUAAGCUUAGAGUAGUUGUGGCUCACAACCAACAACACCACCAUCAACAAACAACAACACUACUAGAAUCUUCUUCCACUCCUCCUCCUACUACUACUACUACUUCUACUUCUUGGUACGACCCUUCUUCAUUCAUUCCCUCCGAUUUAUUAACCUGUGCAGCAGCAACACAACAAGGUCAUCACGGUAAUUUCCACCUCAACAACGAACCUUCUAAACCCAACAACACCACCAACUUAUUCGCUUCUUCUUCUGCAGUGAAGCAGGAAGAACAACAACGUUCUGGUUUGAUGAUGAUGGGCUUUGGUGUAGUAACCGCCAUCAACAACGCUUCUUCUUCUUCAUCUUCUUCUCCUUCUUCUAACUCCUCUUCCGUUUCCCUUUCCCAUCACCAUGCUUACAUGGAUCCACAAUCUUCUUCUACUCUGCAUUUGAAUAACCCGUCAAUUCACGUUUUUGGGAACAACAACAACAACAAUAAUCCGUUGUUUCUCUACCAGCCACAGAAUCUCAGAGAUUUCGAUAACCAUGGCGGUUACGGUGGUGGUGGUGGUGGCGGCAGCGGCGGAGGCGGUGAAAUCAUGGUGUUCAAGCCUGAACCAUUAUCUCUAUCUCUCUCUUCCCACAACCAUAACCAUGGUAGUAACAAUAACAAUCAUAACAGCAACAAUAACGGCAAUAAUCUUCCUCUAGAACUGAAUCUUCAGCGGUAUGGGGCUAUGAUUUGCGGUGGUGGUGGUGGUGUGAUUCCGGGGUUGGUGGUUAACAGUAGUGGUGGGGGUUCUGGUACUUCGAACGAAGUUUCUAGAAGCUGUUCGUCGGUAAUGGUGGUACCACAAAUGAUGGGUCCAUUUACGGGUUACGCUUCGGUGUUGAAGGGAUCGAGGUUCUUGAAACCAGCACAACAAUUGUUAGAGGAGUUAUGUGAUGUUGGUGUUGGUGUUGUUGGUGCUGAAGAUAAGAUCAUUGUUGCUGAUGCUUCGUUAAUGGAACCUCCUCCUACUGCUGCUAGUACUACUACGCCAUUAAUGGAGUGCUUGAAUCAUUCUCAUCAUGAAGAUCCUUUAUUGCUUGCAGAUCAGCAUGCUGCUGCUGCUGUUGAGAGUCGCAAGAAGUCAAGGCUCUUAACCAUGCUUGAUGAGGUUUAUAGGAGGUACAGGCAAUAUUAUCAGCAGAUGCAUGCAGUGGUAACAUCGUUCGAGUAUGUUUCGGGCCUCACGAAUGCAGCUCCAUAUGCGAGUUUGGCCAUAAAGACAAUGUCCAAACACUUUAGAUGUCUUAAGAAUGCAAUUACUGACCAGCUUCAGUUCAACAAUAAGACUCAUUUUCAACUAAGCAACAGGAAAGACGAGUCUCCAAGAUUCGGCAACAAUGAUCGUGGCCCUUACGGCCAAAGGUCAGGGUUCAUUGAGCACCAACCUGUUUGGAGACCUCAAAGAGGACUCCCUGAGCGCGCCGUGACGGUUCUCAGGGCAUGGCUAUUCGAGCACUUUCUGCACCCUUACCCGACCGAUACGGACAAGUUAAUGUUGGCUAAACAAACUGGUUUAUCUCGUAGCCAGGUGUCUAACUGGUUUAUUAAUGCAAGAGUAAGGCUGUGGAAACCAAUGGUGGAAGAAAUACACAUGCUAGAAACCCGGCAAGCUCAGAAAAAUACUCAAAGAGAAGAGCAUAGUAGGAACAAGUCGAGCGAUCCCUUGCCUUCAGAUAACACAACUCUUGUUUCAGAUAAUCCAUCGACCUCGGCCGCGGAUAAAUUUCAGGAGGCACCUUACAAGCGAGCUAUGAACGAGCUUCCGAGCAUGGCGAUUAGGACUCAAGAACAAGUGAAUCUUGCAUGCCACGGCAACCAGCAAGUUGGCAUUGGAGUGAGCAUGGGGAGUGCUAGCAAUAAUGUGUCGCUUACACUAGGCCUUCACCAAAAUCAUGGGAUUGGUUUGGCCGAACCGUUUCCAUUGAGCGCGGCUCAGCGCUUCGGCCUUGGUCUCGAAACCAAUAAUGAAGGCUAUGUCCUAAGCGGUUUUGAAUCGCAAAACCGGCAUUUUGGAAGGGAUGUUAUUGGAGGGCAACUAUUGCAUGACUUUGUAGGAUGAUGAAGAAGAAGAAGAAGGUCUUCAAUCUUUAAUAGCUUUGCUUGGACUUUUCAAUUUGAUUGGGGUGAUAAAAAUACUAACCAUGUUUCUGUUGUGCUCUUUCAUGAACCAUCAAGAAGGAAAUAGAAUUAUUGUAUAAACUCAUUUUAGGCGAGGGGUAAAAAUGUCAAUGACACUUUCAUAUGCUGAUUCAAUUCACCCUUUGUACUAUGGGAACAAAUCCUAUGUUUCUGUGGCUUUUUUUUUCCAACAAAUAUUUGUAAGGUGUAAGCUCUUUUCCAUUUUAAA